AGUUCCGGUUCCUUCGCGGAGACACGUGAAGGUCGGGGAGUUGCUGCGGAGUGCGUCUCGGCUCGCGGGACCGCGCUGGGAUGGAUUCCUCAUCUUCCUCCGCGGCGGGUUUGGGCUCGGUGGACCCGCAACUGCAGCAUUUCAUCGAAGUGGAGACUCAGAAGCAGCGCUUCCAGCAGCUGGUGCACCAGAUGACGGAACUUUGUUGGGAGAAGUGCAUGGACAAGCCUGGGCCAAAGUUGGACAGUCGGACUGAGGCCUGUUUUGUGAACUGUGUUGAGCGCUUCAUUGAUACAAGCCAAUUCAUCUUGAAUCGACUGGAACAGACCCAGAAAUCCAAGGCAGUCUUCUCAGAAAGCCUUUCUGACUGAUCUCAACAUUACCUCUUUGGAAAAGGAAGGUAGUUCAAGAAAUGAAGAGUGGUUGAUGGGAUGGUUAAAAAAAAAGGCUAUGGGGGUAUUGGCUCCCACCUUUGUCACUCUUGGGGCACCCUGUCAUCUAAGAAUGAACAAAGACCAAUAUUUUGUGUGUGGUGUUUGAGGGUCAUAUGUGUACUUGGUUGUGUUUUUUAAUGCUAACCUUGUGAAAACAAUUAACAGAUGAAUAGAAAACUCUACUAGAUGCAUAUUACUGUAUGUGAGACUGCUUUUCACAAAGUCCCAUUUACUGCUCUCUUAAUUUGGAUAGUGGAACUGCUUUGUCUAAUUUGAUAGUGGGACCACAUAGAUAAAAUCUGUCAUUUGUGUGGAUUCAUUUCAGAUUUCCACGGAGAUGAUACAUAUCUUUGUGUGUCUCAGAAAGGGUGGCAGUGGGGGAAGAGUGAUUUGAUAUUUAACAUUGGCCACCUUAUCUAGUGUUUUGACUAUCAGUGCUAGAAAAAAAUAUGGAAUGUUCAUACAAUACACUUCAGCUUUCUAGUUUAUCUCCCUCCUUUAUACUUUGAUUUAAUUAAAUAUGUAACAUAUGAUCUUGACAUAGUAACCUGAGUGUCUAGAGGUGAGGUCUUAGUUAUAAAGGAAUCUAGCCAGUGAACAUAGUUCUUAUUUCUAAACUGCCACAAGGAAGAAGUUAACUUACCCUGUAUAUCAGGGUCCAAAAAAUUCAAAGACGUGCCUAAAUAAGUUACGAAGAUUUAGACUAGCUAAAACCUAACAGCAGCUUCAGGUAGAGAUGCAUGCCUAAUGAUAAUCAGUAUAGAUUCCAUUUAUUGUGUUCUUUUGAUCACUGAAAUAAAAGGUUCUAUAAGA